AACCGCGCUUCACACGGUUUAUCCACCUAUCGCACCUGCAUAUAGUUGACUAUGGGAAGUGCCUUUAAUGCACUAGAUUUCCCUAGAAAUCUUCACAUUUAAUCGCUUUGAUAUCUAACUUAAUAUUUGAUUUCAUUGAUAACUAGUGAUGUAUAUUGUUACGAAGCUGUUUCAGCUAAGAUAAGACUUUCAGCAUUUUCUGGAAUUAUACUAGAAAGUAGGAUAGAGGACUAUCCUAUCUAAUCACACUAUACCAUUUUACAAAUGACUAUAAUUAUUUUAUUGAAACUACUUUCCAUUAAUUCAAACUAAAGGUAACGUGAUUAUGUUAAAGGCAGUCCAUCUUAAACUUCGAAAUGGUAAAAACGUAAAACUUGUAACCUGCAUGUAACCUGUGUGUGAAGGAUAUUACCUAAUGAAUGUGUACCAAAUAAAACGUAACUUCAAUCCGAACUUCAUUCUUUCAAUUAUCUCGCCAUAAGUCCUACACAAAAAAUUCGCAGUGCAACUCAGUGGGGUUGCACAACAAAAUUUGGUGGCAGCGGUAUAGAUUGGUGAAAAUCCAGUCAAACUUGGCGUUCCGGGUAAAUAGGAAAUCCUAUGUUUGGAAUAGCUGAGCAAGAAACGGUAUUUGCGGUGAUUUGAAUCCAGGAUUAUUCGAGUUUUUCAGACAAGGGCCCGUCGUUACCGAAAACUAGAAGAAUCCAGACCCGAAUUACCAACACCCAAAAUUCCCAAGAAGAGGCAGUGUCAGCGUUAAAGUGUUUGUUAGUGAAAUAAGUUUCUACAGUUUCGGGUGCAUUGUGCUAUUCGCUAUUCUUUGGAUUUUACACAUUUUCAUCAGAUUAAAAGUAAGUCAGAAAUUUAUACGAACAUUUUGUAACUUAAUUAUUACCUACUUAGUAGCUCGCUGUUUGAACGUUAAUAAUUUCAUUUAAGCAGUAUUUCGACACGAAUCAGUAUAGUUUAACAAAUUUCGUAAUCCGUAGAACAGCCAGCAAUAAAGUACAAAAAUGCCUGACAAUAAUGUAAGUGAUGUUUCCAACUUAAAUUUAGCAGAAGGUUCAAGUAGUGUAAAUGCAGCAGGUAGGGAUCAGUUUUUAAGUUUAGAUGCAGCAGUAAAGUUAUUAACAAAUUUUAGUGGGGACAGCAAAGAAAGUGUUACGGAAUGGAUAGAUAAUUGUGAGAUUAUUUUAAACUCAGUUAGGCAAGUCGAUUCCCAUAUGCUAUUUCAAAUUAUUAAAACAAAAGUCUCAGGUAAAGCUAGGAAUUUUAUAAAAUACAGAAAUUUUCAAAAUUGGGAUUUUUUUAAGGAACAUUUAGAAGAACUUUUUGCCGAAAAGAGAACUCUUUCGCAUUGGCAGUUAGAGUUAAAUUCAACUAAACAGUCAAAAGGUGAAAAUUUAGAUACAUAUUCAAACAAAAUUGAAAAAUGUUUAAGCAAUUUGUUAGAUGUGGCGACGGUAAAUAAAACCCAAGAGGAAGCGGUAACUAUCAGUGAAUUAUUGAGAUUACAAGCCUUAAAUGUGUUUGUCACAGGAUUGCAAGAACCUUUGAAAAUGCACGUAAAAAGUAGGGACCCCAAAACUUUAGAAUCAGCUGUUGAAUUAGCUAGAAUUGAAGAAAGAGAACUUUUGAGUAAUCGCGAUUCACAAAAUUAUUUUGGUUAUAAGGUAAAUUCAAAUCAACGUACAGUUCAAGGGAAUUGUUUUGUUUGUAAGAAAUCAGGUCAUUCAGCUUCAAAUUGUUUUUAUAAAAACAAUAGUGUUAAAACGAACGAUUCACGUGUUCAAAAUUUUGUUAGUGUGAAAAAACCUCAAGUGUUUUCAAUGCAAAGCCAGCCCAUAUGUUUUUAUUGUAAAAAACCAAAUCACAGAAUUGCAGACUGUAGGAAAAGAAUAUUUAAUGAAAGGUUAAAAGCAACACAAAAUGAUAAUCCUCAUUCGAUAAACAGGAACUCGGGAAACGAAAAAAACUCUUCAACGAGAGGUCAGUUGGAGAAGUGAGUUUUAGGAAAGACCUCAAUCGCAAUUUUGGAAAGCGCAAGGUUACUAACGUAGGCAGUGGAGUUCAUAAUUACAACAGGUAUCGUGAUAAACGGACAGAAAAUAUACAAACAAUCGAAUUAAAGGAAUUUCAGAACAAGGUCGAGAUUAACUUAGCUAGAUGUAAAUUAAAAUAUGUAGACAUUCCCUUAAAUUUUUGUAAGAAGAGGGUUAAUCGAUUAAUGAUAGAUUCGGGAGCAGAUAUUACUUUAGUGAAAUGUAGGGCAGUACGAGAAGAUAUAGUAAUUGAUAAAAAUCGGUCUGUUGAAAUAAAGGGUAUCACAAAUGAAACCACUAUCAGAACCUUAGGAGUUGUCGAUGAAAAAUUUUGUUUAUCCGACAGAGAAAUUGUUGUUCCAUUUCAUAUAGUUAGUGAUGAUUUUUCCGUAGAAGGAGACGGAAUUUUAGGAAAUAGCUUUUUACACGCACUACAAGCAAAUUUAGAUUACAGGAACAAUGUUUUGGAAUUUGGAGAUAAAAGGUAUAGAUUAAUAAAUUUGGAUGAAAUCUUGAUUCCUGCAAGAAGUGAAACUAUUACUAGAGUUCGGACAAUAUCAGAUGGAAUAGGUGUUUGUAACGGUAAACAAGUUAGUGAAGAAAUAUAUUUAGGAAACUGUUUAACUCAGGCAAUAAACAAUUCGUGUGUUGUUA